CUUUGGAAAGGCCUUCAACAUAGGUUCAACCAUUCCAGAGAGAGAAUUCGAAUUUCAAUAUUAUUUAAUUUUAGUUUUGCUUAUCUUACGAUGAGUGCGGGCGCUGGGACCUCAAAGACCCUGGAUGUGGAGGAAGAGAACGAGAGUCCAGAGUUCUGGGUGGGACAUGGCAAUCACCUGGCUCAGACCGAGUUUCUGCUACACAAUAUCCAGCAGAACAUCCCAUUCAGUGGACGGUUCCAGAAACGAUGCCGAGAGGGCGGCGUCAACGGCUGGUUCAGUUGCAAGGCAGACACAAAUGUGGUGUUUGGCGUUAUGGAAGGCCUGGUCCAGGACAUACUCCGUGUUCGCGAUUGGGCUGAGUGCUACAUCGCGCAGCCCUUUGAGCAGAGAACCGUUCUCACAACGUUCACGCUCUGCACCCAGCCGGAGUUCACAACCUUCUCCCAGAGGAAAUGAGGAGCAUCAUCUACGAGGAGCCGUCAAAGUGGGUUCUGGAUCUUAAGUAAUACGCAACACGGACAAUCAAUACUCAAAAUCGAAAUAAAUACAUGUACGUUUGUUCUGAACUACGAAAUGCAAUGAUUUGUUUACUGCAGCCAGCAGGAAUCGAAUA